CACAUAUGUACGUCAUACAUACAUAUAUACAUACAUACAUACAUACAUACAUAGAUCAUACAUAUCACACACGCGCGCACACACAAAGAUUUCAUUCAACAAAUCUCACGAUGGACAAGAACAAAUAUGAUACAUUGACUUAGGGAGAUCCCAAGUGAAACAUUAUUUAUGGUGUCGACGACUCUGAUAAAUAUUGCAGUGCUUGUGUAUGUGCAAAGAGAUUAAAAAAGAAAUAAUUCAUGGUAUAGAUCAUGAGUUAGAGAGAUAGAGAGGGAGGGAGGGAGUGAGAGAGAGAGAGAGAGAGAGAGAGAGAGAGAGAGAGAGAGAGAGAGAGAAAACGAAUCUCUAAGAAAGCUCAGUGUUACCAAUAAUAUUUAAACUCUGACGUUAUGUCCUACCUCUUAUGAUCGUUCUAAUUCUUCUUUCUUCUUUGGAGUCCUAACAUAAACUAAAUAAUAUAAACGGGAGGAAGAAUGUUCUGUGAAAGAAGGAAGAAGGUAAAAAUAUAAAAAAGAAAAAAGCAAAUGGAGGAAGACUGCUGUGCAAGACGCGUGUCCGCCGAUGGAUUGCGUAGAAAAUCGUCUAUCACUCGAGAAUCCAAGUUGAAAGAUGGCCCGGAUUCGGACUGAUUUCGCGAAAUCCUGGAUUCGUCGAUCGGCAUGUACGCGACUCUGAUCCCGAAUCCAACACCAUCGACGUAUUUGCCGUUCUAUUCGAUCCGGUGAUCGAGGAAUAUCACCUUGGAUUUGCGUUCGACGACGUUCAUCUUGAUCUCGAUUGGGAUACGCCCGAUGACGACCUUGGUAACGUCUAUCCCACGGGAAGUUGGGCUCUAUAGACUAUAGUACGCUGUGUCAAAUCCAUUCAGGGAUAUCCUUUCAAUCCUACCACGAACGAAGCUCAUUAUCGCGAGAUCGAAGACAAGGGAAGAAGAAUAUUUGCGAACGACGAUAAAAGAUAUUAUCAAGGAACAAUUCAUAUCGCGAGCGUUUGAUAUCACAGGAUGGCGAAAUGGAAACGUCUCUGAGACCGGGCUAUCUCGGUUUUUUUAUCUGAGUCGCAUCUGGUUUUCCAUCGACGGAACUUCCGUUUCCGGAACUUUCCUUCCGGCGAAUUUGGCUCUCGAGACUACGACGGAUUCGAGAAAAUUCUUUCCUGAAUUGGUCAGUGAUGAGUUUCCGGAACCAAGUCAUAUUCCUGCUCUAAACUAUAUUAAUACGUUGGUAUAACCCGGACAGGAAAAAUCUUGUGUUUCGAAUUGUUUAUUAGUCAUAAUAUAUGAAUAAUGAGAGCGUUAUAAAAUAGUUGGGAUAUCCAUUACACUGUAGAGAAAACAAAAAAAAAAAAAAAAAUGAAAAAAAAAAAAAAAGAAAAGUUCUAUCCGUUAAUAUCCUUCUUUUCAUUAUUCUUCAUUAUUCACCGAAUUAUCGUUUCGAAUGCAAAGUUCGAUGUGAUCUUUCAAUGUGUAUUUAAUUUUCGAAAGAAUGUCUCUUUCCCUUUGUCUCAUCUCUAGAAAUAGCAUCGGUACGUAUUAAUCGAAUAAUUAAUUAAAUGAUAAAGCUUUUAAACGGUCGGAGAAUGAAGCCGUCCUAGCGCAAGCUCUCAUCGAGCAUGAGCUACUCUGAAAAUGAUAUUUUCUCGCAGGUAGAUAUUACGUGGAUUGUUUCGUUUCUAAUGGCCUUCAGCUAUCGAAUUUCAGCCCUUUUAUUCCCUGACUGGACUUUCGCGAGUUAAUUUAAAAAAUAAAAAUGAAUAAUCCAUCUCACCGACAUGCGUAACAAAAAUUUGUCUUUUUUAUACAUGUACACUUUUUUUUUCUGAAUGUUUGUUAAAAGAUGUCGCUCCUUUAUUAUCCUCUUUAUAAAUAUUAUUUUGAAUUUAUAACUCACCAGUUUGUCGCAAACAACGACCAUAUGCAAUAUCAUGUUACCAAAAGAAUCCUGUUUGUCAGGAUCGGCACCGACAUCGAGCAAAAGAUUAUAGGCGCUCUCGUUAGCGCAGCAAGCAGCCCAAGCAAGUGGGUAUUCGCCGAGAUAAGCGAGACCCUCGUAAUCGGUAUUCCUCGCUGGAUUUGAUCUUUGUUGAUCUUUAGGAAGGAAAAAGCUACCUAUGGCACGUUGAGAAACGAUAGCACCGGCAUCUACCAGAUCCUGUAUCAGUUCAUUAUUGUUAUAAACAAUGGCAAGAUGAAGCGGACUGGCACCGAGAUAUUCUUCACCUUCUACCACGUCAAUGGACAAUCUUGGAAAACACUUUAGUAGAAUCCUAGCGAUUCUGGUAUGCAUCCUGGUGUCGCAUAUUAUCAGUACGUGUAAUAAACUUUCUCCCAGGGAUCCGCGAUAUUGCAUUUGCCAGCAUGCUUCGUGAUCUUUCCACUUUGCCAAAGGAUCAAAACGUACCAAGGAUGCUUCUAUCGGUAAUAUCACUUCUUCCCUAUCGCGAAAUUUCCAACGUAAGUAUUCGGCACGAUUGAUUAACUGCCCUUUACCAUCGCCAUACAUCAAUAUACCAAACUGUUCUCUCAUCAACUUCUCCACUUCCAGCUGACCGCCCAAAUUAUAUGCCUCUAUCAAUUCACCCCCCUUCUUGUAAUUUGCUAGACGAUAGAGCAAACAAUCAUCUUGGUUGCUUGCCUGGCUUAUCACGCGAUCCAAGAUCGAGUCAACGUUGACCUGGUCUACUCCUCGUGAUCUCCAUGAACACACACCACCCAUUCAGGCAUUCUCUUAACAACUUGGCUUCUUCUUCUUCUUCUUCUUCUUCUUCUUCUUCUUCUUCUUCUUCUUCUUCCUCCUUUUCUUCUUAUAGGGUCGAAGUAACACUGGCUGAGGUUAUCGCUCGAAUCUCGCUCGGAUCUUUUCGAAUACAAUCAAGACCGACCACUAACCCUAGACAUUUUCGGACACGGAAAUAUGUCUUCGUUCUCGAAAGAUGAGAAAAGAAAAAAAGACAAAAAAAA